CAACUCUCUCUCUCACUCUUUAGCUGUUGGACAAUGACGGUAUCAGAGCUGACGCAUAAACCGAGCACCCGGCUGACUUUCAGUCAUUUUCCUCUCUGCCAUCUGCAACCUAACGCCAAACUGAGGACACAACCAAGACAUGAUACCUGUGACUAUUGGCCAACAAGUGUGAAUGGACGAUUUUAUUUUUCUUGCUAUGACUCUAAGUAACCAGGGGGUGGGUCAAAUGUGAACCAGAAUCCACAAACAACAAACCAGAUAGCCAAGGAACAAGAGCUGAGGAGUCUCACAAAGCUUUAUGACGAAUAUCUGCCAUUUCUACCAAUCAAAGAAUAAUUUGAAGAAGGGACCAAAGCUCAUACGAAUUAACUGACGCCAGCGUGAACAUUUUGAGGACACUAUUUUUGAGUAAUCCUCACGUCAGUGACAGAAUGCUUUAAUGACAGCGAUUCAUUUAGCGCUCCUUCACCAAAGAUAAGAGGCUCUAAUUGAGGUGAUUCCUUCAUUCAAACCACAGAGAGGGUGACUUCAUCAUGGAUAUUUUUGGAGGUGCACCUCGUAUUUUGGGCUACCCACGCCCUGUGGUGGCACUGUGUGGCGCAGACGCCACACUACGGUGCCAAAUUGGUGGGGAUCCUCGUCCUGAUGUGAUCUGGGAGCGUAAAAACAUCCAGAUCUUGUCUGAUGGACACUACAAGCUUUCUGAGGAGGGAAAAGCCUACCUGCUGACAAUUACUGGAGUGACUCUGCAGGAUGCUGGCCAGUAUAUUUGCAAGGCCAAAAAUAGCAUAGGUGAAACCUAUGCAGCAGCCUCCCUCAAAGUGGAAGGGGAGGCCCAGCCACAGGAAGGUGGGCAACGGCAAUUAGGGGUCAACGGUAUGCAGCAACCAAUGAAAGAAAAUGGAGAAUUUGAAGGACACCAGAAUGGGUACUGCAUAGUGAAAAAUGGUGAACACAGCAAAGAAAAUGGAGAGGAGCUGAAUGGAGAGCACAAGCAGAAGCUUAGUGAAAAACAAGAGGAGGUUGAUUUAACGUCUGAUGAGAAACCGCGAUUUCUCAUCAAGCCCCUCUCUUUGCGCGUGGAUCGGGGAGAAGACGCCGCCUUCUCCUGCAAAAUCUGGGGCACUCCUCUGCCCGAGGUAACGUGGGAGAAAGACGGGAAGAAGCUGAACGAUAUAUUCGAGAGUGCACACUUCAGCGUGAGCAAUCAAGAUGGCGGCUGGUUCCAGCUCAAGCUCUAUAGGACCCGCAUGCCAGACAAAGGUGUCUACACCUGCAGGGCUAUCAACUGCUAUGGUGAGGCCUUGGCCGGGGCCGUCCUUCUUGUCGAGCCUGUACCGGAACGGGAGGAGAGUAAAAUGUCCUCAAAUAGUCGUACUAACAGCGAGUGGUCGCCAAAGCACAGGGGCGGGAGGCUAAGUUUGUCGAGGGUCAUAGAGGAGCCACCUGUCCGUGCUUCUAAAGCCAAGAAGUUUGCAGUGGCAGAGGGGAAACACGCCAAGUUCCGUUGCUUUGUGACAGGGAAGCCCAAGCCAGAGAUCAUUUGGAAGAAAGAUGGGGUUCCUCUAGAACCCGGGAGGCGUCAUCUGAUAUUUGAGGACAGAGAAGGUUACUACACACUGAAGGUUCUGUACUGUAAAGUGCAAGACACAGGACUGUAUGUGUGUGCAGCAUCAAACGCUCUUGGAAACACCCUCAGCGCUGUUCACCUGUCUGUCAAAGGCCCAGCUGUGCGGUUCAGGCGUCCAUUAAGAGACGUAGAGGUGAGGGAGAGGGACGUCGCCGUGCUGGAGUGUGAGGUACCCGAUGAGUCACUCCCAUCUGCCUGGUACCUGGAGGACCACCGGCUGAUGCCCAGCAGUAAAUAUGGGAUGGAGCAGAAAGGAGCCACAAGAAGACUGACCAUCCAUGAUGUUGGGACCGACGAUGAUGGAGUGUAUCUCUGCGAGAUGCCAGAUGGAGCAAAGAGCAUUGCAGAGCUAUCAGUUAAAGGUACUAUUGUUCGUAAACUUCCUCGGAAGCUGGAGGUCCUGGAGGGUGAGAACGCUGCGUUCUGCGUGGAGGUGGAGAGCGACGACAUGGAGAUCAGCUGGUACAAAGACGGUUUGAAGCUACAUGAGACUCACCAGACGAUCCUGAAGUCUUUUGGCAAAACUCACAUUCUGGUCAUUGUCAACGUGGCCUAUCAAGACUCAGGGGUAGUGACCUUUGUUGCCGGAAGAUCCAAGACCUCUUCACGUCUCAAAGUCAAAGCCACACGACAUAGCCCUCCUAUCUGCCCUGUGGGAGUGAAAAUGGAUGUGGAUCGACCCAACAGUGCUCUGCUCACCUGGGAUCCUGCCCCCAACAGCCCGACCUCCACCCGAUCCAUCUUUGUCUUGGAGAGACAGGAAGUGGGCUCCCAAGAGUGGCAGAAGUGUUUCACUUCAGAGACCGCCACUUCAGCUGAGAUCGGAGGCGACAGUGUGCCGUGUGAUGGCGACUACCGGUUCCGGGUCUGUUGCAUCAACAAGUAUGGGCGAAGCGGCCAUGUGGAGUUUCCCAAAGCUGUCCAUCUGGCCCCCCCCCCCCCCCCCCCCCCCCAAAACAAAAACCCCCCCCCCCCCCCCCCCCCCCCUUUUUUUUUUACCCUUUCCAUCGAAUUGUCUGCCCCAAUGGUUGGAACCUGGUUUCUGAAUAGUGCUCAACUGCAGCACGGUGGACGAUAUUCAAUACAACAGUCCCAAACACAGCACUCAUUGGUUAUUUGUCAAACUUGCACUACAGAAGACACAGCAGAGGUCACGUUCAUAGCCAAUGGAGUCCGAGAUUCAGCUGUACUCAAGGUUAAACCUGCUAUGGUAAAAUUCAAUGCUCUGUCAGACUUAGACAGCCAUAAGAGGGUGGACAUUGGUGACCCCAUUGUACUCUACUGUGAAGUCUCCCACCCCUUCGCAAAAGUAUCCUGGUUCAAAGAUGGCGAGGAGCUCCAGGCGACCGAUGGCCUCAACAUCCAAUCAGAUGGCAACAUGAGGAGGAUUGUGAUUCAAUCGGCUGAUGAAUCUCACUCUGGAGUUUAUACAUGUGAAACUUCAGGAGAUGUCAUCAAAUUCAACGUGGACGUGUCAGGUCCUUCUGUGGAGUUCAGUCCGGUUCCAGAGGAGGAGCUCCAUAAGAGCAGCAUGGAGCUGGACCCCGUGGUGCUGCUAUGCCACGUCUCCACCGACGAUGCCAAAGUUGUGUGGUAUAAGGAUGGCUGUGAGAUCCAGCCCACUGACAACAUCACUCUGCAGGCAGAGGGAACCAUGAGGAGGCUGAUCAUACGCUCUGCAGAAACCUCCGAUGCUGGCAGCUACACCUGCCAGGCCGGAAACAACAGCGUGGAGUUCACUGUCAAUGUUAGAGAGCCUCCAGUGAUGAUUGUGGAACCUAAGGAUGAUGUUGUGAUGGAGAGCUUUAUCUCAGAGGAGAUCCACCUGCAGUGCGAGUUGUCUCGUUCCAGUGGGAGGGUGCGGUGGUUCAAAGACGGCCAGGAGGUGGAGGAAAGCGACACCGUCCAGCUCAUAUGCGAGGGCCCUUACAGGAGGCUGACUAUACUCAACGGGUCAGUGGAGGAUGGCGGAGAGUAUGUCUGUGAAACAGAUGGAGACUCUGUCUUUUUCCAGCUUAGUGUCAAGGAGCCACUGGUAAGAAUCAUUUCUCCCAGUGAAUCAGAGUUGGAACUGACCCAUUUGGCCUCCGAGAGGCUGGAGCUCAGCUGUGAAAUCUCCCAGGCUGAUGCCCCUGUCCGGUGGUACAAAGACAGCCUGGAGGUAGAGGAGAGUCCUAACUUGAUCUUGGAGGUAGAUGGGGCCCAACGCCGGCUGGUUGUACCCAUAACCACUGUGGAUGACACAGGGGAGUAUGUAUGUGACACUGAAGAUGACUCUGUGGCCUUCCUGGUCACUAUUGCAGAGCCACCAGUGACGCUUACUCGUCCCAAAAACACCCCCGACAAACUGGAGAGUUUUGCCGGCAAACCAAUCCUGCUGGAGAUUGAGAUGUCCCGGCCAAGUGCUGAAGUCAAGUGGUGGCUAAAUGGCAGAGAAGUAGAGGAGAGUAGUAACAUCACAAUCACAGAGGAUGGGCUCAUCCGCCGUCUGACCAUCCACUCUCCCACCCCAGAGGAUUCUGGGAGAUACACCUGUGACGCUGUUGAUGAUAGAAUUGAUUUCCAGGUCAAAGUUUCAGAGCCUCCAGUGAAGAUCCUAAGAAAGACAGAGAUUAAGACAAACGUUAAAUCCCUGAUUUCUGAUGAGAUUGUGCUGGAGUGUGAGCUCUCCAGAGCCAACGGCGUCACAAAAUGGUACAAGGAUAACUGUCGUGUUGAGGGCGAUGAAAGGUUCUGUGAGGAGGAAGAAGGUGCUUUCCGCUCAUUGGUCAUCCUCAACGCUGAACUCGGAGACUCAGGAGAGUACUUCCUGGAUGCCGGAGAUGAUAAUAUCAGCUUCCAGGUUACAGUAGAAGAGCCGCCAGUGACAAUUGUGGGCAACUCAAAUGCCCUUGACUACCAGGAGAUGGUGGCAGGGGAAGACCUGAUCCUGGCCUGUGAAUUGUCCCGUGCCAAUGCCCCCGUCCAAUGGUACUGUAAUGACACGCUUCUUACCAGUGACUCCCGGACCUACAUUGAGAGCUACGGCACUCUGAGGAAAAUUAUCAUUUCAAAUGUCCAGCCCUCAGAUUCUGGAAAGUAUGUGUGUGACGCUGUGGACGAUAAAAUGAUCAGCAUUAUCAGGAUUCAAGAGCUUCCGGUUACGUUUGUGAACAAGGAGGAUGACAUUGUUGUGACAGGUUACGAGGGAGAGAGUGUGACAUUGACGAGCUACGUGUCCAAGGAAAGCGCUUUAGUCCGUUGGAUGAAAGACUGGACGCCUGUUGAAGGCGAACGUUCCCGAGCACUCAUGGAGGGCCAUAAGCGCACCCUUACUAUCGAGCCAUUGAGGCGCUCUGAUGCUGGCGAAUAUACCUGCGAUGUAGACACAGACCAGAUCCACUUCAGCUUGCUGGUGAAAGAAAUGAGAAUCAAGUUUGUGAGGCCACUUCGAGACACUGUGGCCCAUGCUGAUGGUAUGGUGACCCUUCGCUGUGAGGUGUGCAAGCCAAAAGCAGAUGUCCAGUGGCUAAGGAAUGGGGUGGAGGUGGUUCCAAGCAGGAGGUUCUCCAUUCGGGCGGAUGGAGUUGAACGAAGCUUGACCAUCCACCGUUUAACCAGAGAAGAUGCUGGAGAGUACGCUUGUGAGUCCAGAGAUGACCGAACAGUGGCAAUGCUGAGAGUAGAAAUGCCUAGAGUGGUGGAGUUCCUCACAGAGCUCCACAACACCACUGUGCUUGAAGGAGAAGAUGCCACCUUCAAAUGUGUGGUUUCCCCUGAGGAUGUCCAGUUGGUCUGGCUCAUGGACAAUGAGGCCAUCACCCUGGGCGAUCGAUUCCAGGCAAACCAGAACGGUCUGUGCCACACCUUGGUUAUCAAAAAGUGCCAGAUGUUGGACUGUUCAAAGAUUACAGCAGAGGCUGAGGGACAAAUAAGCAAAGCCACCCUCAAAGUUCAGGAGGCUCAGGUCAUGUUUACUAAGAAAAUGGAGGCUGUCAUGGCAGAAGAGUUUGGUGAGGCCACCUUGGAGACAGAGAUCAGCCUUGAAAUGGGAGAGGUCCAGUGGAUGAGGCAAGGGGUGGUCAUCCAGCCUGGUCCCCGACACACGCUGGCCCAGAAUGGCUGUAAACGCAGUCUGACCAUCCAAAACCUGACUCUGUCAGACCGGGGAACCUAUCGCUGCGAGACUCUGCAUGACCGUACGCAGGUCAAGCUCAAUGUAGAGCCCCGUAAAAUCUCCAUCCGUAAAGGCCUAACUGACCAAGAAACCUUUGAACGAGAGACUGCCUCCUUCGAGGUAGAGCUCUCCCACACAGAUGUGGAGGGAAUUUGGCAGAAGGAUGGCAUCCGGGUGAAACCGAACAACCAGUGGCGGGUGAGCGCAAAUGGGCUAAUCCAUGGCCUCACCCUGUCCAACCUCACCCUGGAAGACACAGGCACUAUUGUCUUUUCAGCCGAAGGGGUGCGCACUACUGCCAGGCUCACUGUCAAAGAGACUCCAGUGUUUAUCCUGAAAACGCUAGAUGACGUCCGUGUGGAGGAGGAAUUUCCAACCACUCUGGAGUGUGAAUUCUCCAGACAAAACAUCGAAGUCAAAUGGCUUAAGAACGGGACGGAGCUGAAGCCGGGGAAGAACUGUCGGAUCUACUCCAUGGGCCGCAAGCGAUUCUGUCAGAUCAUGCAGUGCUCCCCGGCUGACUCGGGCACCUACACAUGUGACACAGGGGAAAUCAACACUUCCUGUUCACUGGAGGUUUUCGAGCAUAAGCUGGAAAUAGUGCAUGAUAUGGAGGACCUUUACAUUCAGGAGGACCAGAAUGCUGUCUUCAUGUGUGAGGUUUCUCUGGAGAAUGUUACUGGGGAGUGGCACAAAGACGGCCACAAGAUCCGGCCCACUAGCACUAUCAAGAUCCGCACUGAAGGGACGAAACACUUCCUUCUGAUGUGUAACGUCAAAGCUGAGGAUGCUGGGGAAAUUCGCUUUGUAGCCAAGGAUGUUGAAUCUACAGCUUACCUUGAGGUAGAAGAACUCCCCGUUUCCAUUGUAAAACCCCUUCGUGACCGAACCGCCCUGGAGAAACACCGCGUGAUCCUCGAAUGCACCGUUUCCACGCCCCGCUCCAGCGUCACCUGGUACAAGGGCGGGGAGGAGCUGGUUCCCUCAGAUCGAGUGGAGAUCCUGGCCGACGGCUGCUCCCACAAACUGGUGAUCCAGCAGGUGGCUGUAGAGGAUGAGGGCACCUACAGCAUCGAGGUGGGGGAGCACACAUCCAAAGCCAAACUGAUGGUGGAAGCCCAAGCCCUUGUAAUGGUCAAGGAGCUAGAGGAUGUGGAGGUAACUGAGCCUGGGCCCGCAUCUUUCCAGUGUGAGGUGUCUGUCGCCAUAAACAAGCCUCCCCUUUGGACUCUGAACGGAGAGGCCCUUCAGCCGGGCCCCUCCGUCCGCCUGGAAAACCACGGGACGGUCCACAAACUCACCCUGAAAAAGACCAGCGUGGACAUGAGCGGGGUGGUUAAGUUUACAAUGGGCAAGGCCAAGAGCAGCGCCACGCUCAGAGUAAUGGACGAGUAGAGGAAGAGAGAGAGAGAAAAAGCAAGUGACUCUGAGAGAAAGAAGGAAACUGAUUGCAAACAUGGGAAUUGCUCAUGUCACCUAAAACAUUUCAUCAUUUGUCAUGUUUGGAUAGCUUGCAUUUCCCUGUUCUGAAUGUGUUUCAAAUUGAGGGUAUUUAGUGAAGUUAGACAGAACAUUUAAAAUCUGAGGCAUGUAACUACAGUCAAGUUAUUUCCUCUUCUUUUUUUUUUUUUACUGUGUAGAUGAUAUGUAUUUGCCUGAUAAAGACUUCUUUUUGACUUUACAUUCUUGUAUUCUGAUGAAAACCCCCCCAAAAUAAAAACACAAAGUCACAGUGGUUAAUUA